ACGCAAGCCCGUGCCACCGGCCGCUCCAUCCAUGCCAUCAACCCUAUCAUGUCUGGAAUCGCCCACUUGAGAUGCGAAUCCACGGCCACGCCGCGGGAAGGCCGAUAAGAGUUUGAUACGCAUAUUUUACUUCGCCAACGGUGUUUGCGCUUGGGGUUGCUUCACGGCUCCGGCUGGAAGACCCAGGCGCAUGAUCCGAGAAAAGAGGGCACCAUUUUCUCCCCUUGCUCCGCUUCUUUCUCCUGUCUCCACCCGUUUUGCCCAGAUAGAACCGUCUCCCACUUUCCCUUCUUGUUUUACCCUUUCAAAGGCUUCGGUAACGACCACACACCAAAAACCGCCAAUUUUACUUGAUACCUUUCUUCUUCCACCCUCCUACUCCACAGCUAUUUCUAUCAACUUUCUCACCCAAGUAAUCCUCUCCAGAAGUCAUCUUAAAAGACUUGCUCUCUGUUGAUCUUCUUCCUAGGCCGUAUUCUUAUUAGUGUUCAAUCCAUGGUGCGAGGAUCAAAGCCUGUGACCUUGAAGCACAGUCUAUACUCUGUCAUGAUCUUGUCUCUUUUUAGUUUUUAAAAAUCAACAUGGGGGCAAGUUUCAUAUGAAUUUCUGUGACACUAGAUUCUUGAUGCUGGAUCCACUGUCUUCACAGAAUGUCCUUAGCUGCUAUUUGGUCGGGAAAUUUUCAUCAAAUAAGGAACAGUCUUGGGAGCAAUUGUUGUUUUAAAUUGUUUAGGCUUCAUACUGAAUUUAUUCCUGGAAAGGUGCUUGAUGCCGGAAGAUGCAACCCACGAUCUUUCACGACAAGAUCAGAAGGGAGGAAUUGGAAAUCGCAGGGCAGUAAAUCAAGCAGCAUCAAUCUGAAACUUCAUGAUGGAACUGUCGGAUCAUCAACAAAUAUUAAUACAAGCCAAUCGCAGCUUCAUGAAUUUAAAGCCAUUCAGUGUUAUGAUCUCCAAGAAAAGAUUGCUGACAACAAAGUCAUCAUUGACCGGCCUGCAACCAUUCUUGUGUUUGAUAUUGAGACUACUGGAUUCAGCCGCCGAGAUGGAAGAAUUAUUGAGUUUGCACUUCGUGAUCUCAUAGGGGGAAAGAAUAGUACAUUCCAAACCCUUGUAAAUCCUGAAAAAGUUGUACUGAACACAGAUGUUCAUGGCAUUAGCUCUUGCAUGGUCAACAGGCCUGAUGUCCCAAGGUUUAGGGAAUUGGUUCCAAUCCUACUGCAAUAUGUUAGGAGCCGCCAAAUGGCUGGCAAACCAGUUCUAUGGGUUGCUCACAAUGGGCGCCGGUUUGAUGUACCUUUCGUUAUCAAUGAAUUCCAACGUUGUUCUGAGGAUGUUCCUGCAGAUUGGCUGUUCGUGGACACACUUCCUCUUGCACGCCAACUAGUCAAGCCAGAUGGAUCAAAGCUGACCUCUUUGUCACUGAAGGCACUACGUGAGCACUACGACAUCCCUUUAGUUGGGCCUGCACACAGAGCAAUGCAGGAUGUGACAACGUUAUGUUACGUACUCCAGAGAAUUACUUUCGAUCUGAAGCUGACUGUUCCAGAGCUCAUGGAUAGAGCUUUCCCGGCUUCGAACGUUAACAAGGUCCCUCCGUGACAAGUCCAGCUGAAGUUCUCCAGCUUAAAAUUAAGUGUAAAAGCCAAAAAUCUCAUUCAUGUCCCAAGUGAUCAUUAAGCAUUGCUGUAUCACGCUGUUUAUUCUUGUCGGCAUACUAUUUAAUUUGUAUUGGACUGUAAAGUCUGAAUAAAGUUCAGUAAUCUACCGUCUUCUCUGAAAUGUUCAACUAAA